AUGGGGACGUGGCCGCGGGGAGCGCCCCUGCCGCAGCUAUGGGCGCUGCACAGCGGGCUGUCUGCAGAGAAAAGACUUGCGGUGGUAAAUGCCUUUAAGAGCAGCAGCAAACAGCAGCAGCAGCAGCAGCAGCAGCAGCUAAAAGUCCUCUUCUGCACAGAUGUUGCUGCUGUGGGCGUCCAGCUGGGGACCCCCGCGCUGGCUUUGCAGAUCGGAGCUCCCAAGGACCCCGACCUGUACAUACAGCGCGUGUCCCGGGCGCCAAGGUAA